ACACUAAAAAGCAAAAUAUCCAACGGUAAUACAAAAACAAUGGUGGCCACGACAACCUUUGUGGCCUCAAACUCCAGCCCUCCUAAUCCAAACUCACUCAAUUUUACUCCAUUUUCAUCGGAUUCGAAACCCUCCCGAUACGACGUCGUCGUACCGAUAAUCAACCGACGUGCACUUCUCAGCCUCACUUCACUCUCCACCACACUGAUUCCAUUCUGGGCAUCUCCUCAAAUCAAGAACCUUAGCCAUUAUUACAAUUAUGCCGACACCAUUAAUUUAUCGGUCGCCGAAGCUCGUGGCCUCUUCCAAAUGCCGCCUGCUCGCCUUACCAACAGGUAUUAUUUGGUGAGAGCAGGGGAAUCUGAAUACGAAAGCUUGGGCGUAAUCAACACGAAUCCGGUGGCUAAAACGUCGAUGGAUAACGGAUUAUCGGGAAUCGGUAAAAAGCAGACGGUCAAAGCUGCAUUUGACCUAAAGUCAAUUGGGGCAUGUGAAAAUAGCUGUUGGAUUUGGCCUUCUAUUACUCAGAGAUCAUAUCAAGCUGCUGAAAUUAUUGCUGCUGUUAAUGGUGUCAAUAGAAGUCAUAUAGUCCCCGAAUAUAGCUUCUUGGAUGCUCGGGGAUUGGGAGCGUAUGAAGGGAAAAAACUCGAUUCCGUUUCCGAGGUUUACGCCUCGGAUAAUGUUUCUCCAAAUAUAAAGCCGCCUCCAAUAAACGAUGGAACACCGAACGAAAGUGUUAGGGAUGUUUUUGUUCGUGUGACGCAGUUAAUGUCGAUUCUCGAGACCCAAUAUUCCGAAGACACGGUUAUUAUUGUUUCUCCAGAUUCGGACAACUUGAGUGUGCUACAAGCUGGUUUACUCGGGCUCGAAUUACGAAGGCAUAGUGAUCUUGCUUUUGGGCCGGGCGAAGUGAGGUUCGUUGACGCUAGUAGCAUACCGACUUAUAAACAACCUAAGUCUGCAGUUUACAAGUGCUUAAAUCCCCCAAACUGCAAUUAGAUUUUAUUCAUUACUACUAUCUUUGUAUAUAAAACUACCCGCAGUAAUUUUUUAGUGCCGUAUUUUAUCUCCGGUCGUGUAAUUUAUUCGAUUUAGAAAGCUUCUCAACUCGUGUAAUUUAUUGUUUUGAAACAGUAACAUUGCAAACCAAGACAGUAAUAUUAAUAUUAAUAGGGUAAUAAUAUUGUGUUAACU